AUGUCUCAACCUAGUAUCAGCAUAGCACCUGAGCCGUUUCGUAUUGAUAUAACCCAGGAGAAAUUAGACUGGAUCGUCCAACGCGUGCAGAAUGCUCGCAUCGUGCCCGAUGUCGAGCAUCCCGAAGGCAAAGAAUGGGCUGAUGGAGUUCCAAAUUCUGUCAUGACCGACCUUGUCGAAUACUGGAGAACCACUUAUGACUGGAGGAAGGUGGAAGCCAAGUUAAAUUCCAAGUAUAAUAUGUAUACUCUGGACAUUCCAGAGGGAGACGAAGUCAUCAAAUUACACUUUGUGCACCAUCGCAGCGAAAGGACUGACGCUAUACCAUUGCUUUUUGCCCAUGGUUGGCCUGGAAAUUUCACAGAGGUGGAAAGCUUACUCAGUUUGACCUCACCAACGGACCCAACACAACAAGCAUUCCACAUAAUUGCUCCUACUAUUCCUGGUUUUGUUUUUUCUUCUCCUCCGAAGGCCUCGGGAUUCUCUGUCCCUCGAAUUGGAUCUGUAUACCACCAACUCAUGUUAGCUUUGGGUUAUCCCAAGUACAUUGCUCAAGGCGGAGAUUGGGGAUCUCUCAUCAUCCGGUCUAUGGCCCAAACAUACCCAGAAUCUUGCUUAGGCAUUCUGCUGAACUUCAUCAUAUCGCUACCCCCUUCGCCCCUGAAGAAUCCUUUGACUCUACUAUGGCUUGUUACCCGUUGGUUUACCCCAGACCAAAAGAAAAGACUAGCGCGGAUGCAAUGGUGGAUGAAGGAAGAAUCCGGAUAUUCUAGGAUACAAGGGACAAAACCCCAGACUCUCUCGUACGGAUUGACCGACUCCCCUAUUGGCAUGCUUGCGUGGAUUCGCGAGAAACUAGACUCGUUAGUGGAGCCUGGAUACGAAUGGGACAAGGAAACGAUCAUCACCUGGACGAUGUUUUACCUUUUCUCAGAAAGCUCCUGGCAUGCCAGGAUAUAUAAGGAAGCCAUUCCUGCUUUGCGUAACCAGGUCCUCGAUAAACGCGUACCCGCAAAGGUAGCUUUUGGCGCAACUUGCUUUCCUUAUGAUGUCGGAUACAUUCCCAUCUGGUGGGCAAAGGCAACUCUUGCGGAAAACAUUGUCUUUUGGAAGGAACAUGCCAAGGGUGGUCACUUCCCUUCUGUAGAAUGCGGAGACGUACUGAAGGAGGACAUCUUCGAAUUUGUUGGAAAUCUGUCUAAGGAAACACGAGAGGCGCUUUGUAGCAAGCUUUAA